AUGUAUUAGUUAAAGAUCAAGUAAGAGAGAUUCUCUGAGGAUAAAUUAACUUGUCAAGAAGUUAAGAGAGAGCUAGGCCACUCUCUUAAUGAGGAAAGUCAGAGAAUUAAUGUUGACUCAGCCAAGAAGAGAGCAGUUCUUCAACAUAUGGACUAUGAUGGCUUCCGCUAAAUGGUACUAGGAGCUAAUUUAAAGUCUAUCAAAGCAGGAUCAGCUUAAAAUAUCAUCACUACUCAGUACACUUAGAAUGUUAACUUCAUUGCUUCCUAUAACGCUAUAGCUAACAUUGGCUAUGAUGAGGAAAUAGUGAGAAAGACUCUUUCUAUGGCUCUUGAAGAUAAACUUGAAGCUCCCACAUCACAAGAGGACUUUGAAAGGUUUUUUAGUAAAAAGCUCAAAGACUCUAUGAAGAGAUAUACAUAUUUGCGUUUGAUAGACUUAGAUCAUUAUAGAAAGAUAUUCACCAAUGAUUUUGACAGUGAACUACUCAUUCUGAUCAUUCAGACAUUCAAAGAGCAGGUUUUUAGUAAUGAUAGUUUCAAUACAGAAGAUGAAUAGAAUUUCAUAUACGAAUUUCUAGAAAUUAUAGUGAAUACACCUAGCUUUAAAUUUUCUCUGGAAUUCUUAGGCAGAAAGGAAAAGGAAUUGAUUUAGAAUGUGCUUUAAUAGCUUAUCAAUCAUUAGAGAAGACUAUUUUCUGUGCCAAAGCCAGCCUCAUUCUUCCCAAGUAUUCCAACCGGCCAGAAAAUCAAGAGAUUCUAUAAGAAAGUAGAUAUUGUCGAGCACCCUCUCUAAGAUCAAGCACCAAAGCUUUUGCCCUAGGAUUAAGUUGGCUUUCAUAAUCUCUCACUAAGCGAUAAAUAUUGGGCUGUAACUUUAGAUGGUAGACCCACAAAAACAAUGUUCAAAGAUAAUCUGUUUAUUCCGACAAAAGCACUAGCUGUAGCUUUGGCUGAGGAAUGGGAUUCCUAAAAAGAGUCUAUUAAUCUUAAAUCUCUUCAUAUCAACAAUUUCUUAGCAAAGAGCGUGAGAGCUUAGUUAGAUCCAGCGAUUUAAGACUAUAUGAAAGAUGAGCUGUUUAGUAUCUUAGAGAGUGAUCAGAUUUGCUUCAGAGAGAGUGAGGAUGUAUAAAACGAUUACAAGGCUGGUUUAGCUAAGACUCAGAAAGAGCAUACUAGCAAGGUCUUUGACAUUCUUGAGAGGGAAUUUCAAAUCAAGCUUAAGAUUUACCAUUCACUUCAGAUAGAUUCAUAAGACCCCAGCGUACAUAAAUUGCAUCAAAUACUGCAAGAUCUAGAUCAAUUCGCUGUUUCUAGUAUUUAUGCUAUAUCAUAGUCCUGCAAAUCUACAGCUAUUGCAUUGUCAUUCAUUCUGAGAGAUGAACUAGACAUUUAAGAUGCAGUCAAUAUUGCGAGAGUAGAUGAAAAUUAUCAAAGUAAACACUUUGGUAAAGUUGAAGGUGCUCAUGACUUCGAUGAAGCGCACACUAUUACAACAUUCAGCACCGCUAAGAAUAUAGUUAAUUUAUGUUUAUUGAGAGAAGUAUGA